AUGUCUCACACUAUCACAACCUACGACGCCACUAUCCUCAACCACCACGCCAAGAGUGGCGACGUCGUGGAGUUUGGCAGAACCCUCGACUACCUGGCCCAGCGAGAGGGUCAGAGGAACCCAACAGUAUUGAUCGGGCGGAUAUCCUCUUCCUGGCAAAGGACGAGGCCGGUGACAACAUCGUCCACUCGGCAGCCGUCGCAGUUCAGGCCAGUGCCGCUGGAUGUCAACCGGAACGUCCAAUUUCACGAGCCACACCCGCGCGGCAAGGUGCCCUUCCCGGCCGCGCCUCGGCUUGGCAGGAGACUCAAUAGGGCCUACGAAUGGAAUGUGGACAUUCUCAUGUUGAGAGCACCGCAUUUCUUGGUGAAGACAAGACAUCUUCGCCCGCACGUGAAUGGUGCACAGCAGGAGGGCGGAGAGUCUCUUGCUGACCAAGCCCAGAAUGUCAAUGACAACCAACUGCGGUCGUCUUUUGAGAUCACGGGUUGUCUGCCUCCAAACAAGAUCAAUGCACCUCCACAAGCAGUAGCCUACGACCAGCUGGGACUACGACUCGACGGCACACCGUCUUGUGCAUUGGCACCGGAGCUCUCACGCGAACUCAUUCUCACCUACGGAAUUCGCAAAAGUAAAUGUAAGUGCCAGCCCGUGGUGACUGCAUUCUGCGCUGGCGGUGUUGCCGGUGCUGUAUCCCGCACCGUUGUCUCACCGCUGGAGCACCUCAAGAUCGUGUUCCAGAUCCAGUCCGCCGGUCGCGAAGAGUACAAGCUAGAUAUCCUAGUGUCCAACAGCACCGUUGGCGAGGAUGACUCCUCGUCCUCAUCAUUGACAAUUGGUCACGGCUGGUCGACCACAGCUUGUGAGAGCGGUUCCGCUCCCGCAGCACCCAAGGCCGCUGCUGGUGGCGGCUUCAGCUCCCUCACCACGCGCGAGCAGGAGAUCCUGGCCAAGGCCAUGGCCUGCCUCAAGGCCGCGCCAUCUCUGUUACGACCCUGGGACUCAGAUGGGGAUAACAGCGCCGAUGAAGGUGUCCCUGAACUUGGUGAACGAGAAGUUCUCACAUUCGCCCUGAGCGACAUACCUCUGGACGAGGCACGGCCCGCUGCUGAUGAAGCUCUGAACACUGUCAGGCGUUCAGCGAAGGAGGACUUUGGCGACGGCGAAUUGGAACGCGAAUCCAACGAGGUGUACGUCACGGCUUACCGCCCCAAGUACCUGACUUGA